AUGGAGGAUCCACUACAGGAAACAAGAGUCUACGACUUCAUCGAGGACAAGCUGCAGUCCACAACCGACCUCGACCACCUCGACAGCCUGCUAGCCAGCGUCGAACACCAGCGAACGCAGCUCCAGACGCAACUGGACGAUGCGACGCGUGAGCUGGACGCCGCCCGGCGCUCCGGUGGCGACCGGCAGGAGGCUCUGGCGCGGCAGAUUGACGACUUUGAGCAGCUGCAGCGCAGCAUCGACGUGCGGCUGCAGAUCGUGUCGGCGUCGGACGCACCCGACGAGGCCAUCCGCCGCCUCGAGCCCCCCAUGCACCAGCUGCACCGCAUCAACCUCGCCCGCGACUACCUGCAACUGCUGCAAGACGUCGAGUCCCUGCGCCGCCAGGCCCGCGAUCACCUCCCCGCCGAUCCCAAGGCCGCCCUACAGCCCUACUCCCGCCUCAAGCAGCUCUCGUCCCGCCUGCGUGAGCUGCAGGGGAACGCGGACGGCGCCGCUACCCACCUCGUCGCGCACGUCGCCAGCGUCACGAAUACGCUGUGGGACGAGAUGAAGCGGACCAUGUCGGAUGAGAUGAAGGCCCUGCUUGCGGCGAGGAGGUGGCCGGCCGAGGUCCAGCCGGAUCUGGUUGUCGAUGAGGAGUGGCGCGGGUGCUUUGAGAAGCUGCUGGAUCUGCAGGUUCCAGAGGUGCUGUACUCGCCGCCGGAUGUCGUGCUGCCGCUCCUUCCUAUCGAUGUGAUGGCCCAGAUAUGGGUCAAGGAGUUCCGCUUCCACUUUCUUAGCGACGGCCGCCCGACUAGCAACAAUCGCUUGAUCGGUCAGCAUUGCUUCCCUUGGGUUAUUCGACUCGUGUCGACAUGGGAAGAUUUCUUCAGGGAGAACUUUGGCCACUCCCUCGCCUCUAGGUUCAUAGAGACGAGUGUAUCGUCCAAGAUGAUUUACCUGGAUCCUGUCUGCGCACUCAUCACCUGUCUCCUCCCGGUGCUGAGGGAAAAGAUCAUGGCCGCAGCCGAAGAGGCCGUACUUGACCCAAGCUUCCUCAGCAGCUUCAUGACGCAGCUCAUGGGCUUCGACGACGAACUGCGGACGCGUUUCGGCUACGACGGCGGCGACGGGGACGGUGACUGGGACGGGCUGACGGCCGAAGUGCUCAACCUCCACUUUUCAAAGUGGCUUCAGGCCGAAAAGGACUUUGCGCUGGAGCGGUUCGAGGGUAUUAUGGAGUCUGCAGACGCCAGGAAGAUUGAUUACGACUACGGCGGGCCGGGCAAGACCAAGCCCACGUUUGGCGCCGUCCGUGUCUCUGAUCUGCUCCGGUCUGUGACGAGCCAGUACGAGCGUGUCCGACGGUUUUCGCAUAAGUUGCGAUUCCUCAUCGACAUCCAAGUAGCCAUUCUCGACGACUUCCAUGAUCGUCUCCGGGGUUCACUUGAGCUGUACUACUCGCUGACCUCAACCGUGGGACGGACUCUGCACGGCGCGACGGCGGAGCAGCUUGCGUCCCUUGAGGGUACUGGCGCCCUUGAGACGUUGUGCAAGGUUUAUGGCAGCGCCGAUCAUAUUGCAAACGCUCUGGAGGACUGGAGUAACGAGGAGUUCUUUGUUGUAUUCUGGGAGGAGCUGCAGGCCCGAGCCAAAAAAUCCGAGGAUCAGGAGAACCUGGCCGGAGGCCUCAGCUACGACAACGUCAAGGACAAGACAUCAGCCUCUAUCGGCGAUGACGGCGAUGGGGGUGUCAUCUUUGACGAGACCAUCGCAGCUUACAGUGCACGCCGCAAGGCUGCCCGGGAUUUUCUAGUCUCUGCCCUGGUUGACUCCCACCAGGAGGCCUUCCGUCCCUAUCUCAAACGCACCCAGUGGACAACCAUCAGCGAUGAUCCAGCCCAGGCUGACCCCUACCAGCUCCCUAUCACUGUGGAGCUGGAUGAGCCGCUGAGGAUCCUGAAGCGCAACCUCGAGUUCCUCAACCGGGCUCUCAGCACCGCCGCCUUCCGGCGCGUCUGGCGCGAGGCCCUGGACAAGCUCGACGAGACGCUGUGGCACGACGUGCUGACGCGACACAGCUUCACGGCGUUUGGGGCCGCGCAGUUCAUGCGCGACCUGCACGCCGUCGUGGCGCUGGUCGAGCGCUACAUCCCCGAGGGUAGUGGCGUGGCGCUCGCGAGGGUGCAGGAGGGUGUCAGGCUGUUGAACCUCCCGCUAGACGCCGAGCCGUCUGGCAAGGCGGCGGCGGCGGUGACGCUCAGGCAGGCCAGCGAUCGCGUGUUCAAGGAUAAUGAGGAGGCAAAGAGGUUGUUGGAGGAGUUGGGCAUUGACUUGCUCAGCCCAACGAACGCGAGGCAUAUCCUUCAGCGCAGGGUGGAGAUGAGCGAGUAAAUAGACACGAGAUUAUGUUGGCA